AUGUCCUCUCUCUGCUAUGGCUGGAACGUCACUUCAAAUCACCAAUGUGAUGAGGAUGGUAGGAUUAUCCUUAUCUGGAGAGACCCUUUGAAACUACGUGUUCUCUCACAGUCUAGGCAAGCAAUCACCUGUGAACUCCUGCUCCCAUGCCAUCAACCCUUUAUCUACACGGCCAUAUAUGCUUCUAACUUGGCUGAGGAGUGUAAUGAUCUAUGGGUUGAGCUCCUGCAACUGCACGCUACACUUGACCUUGAAGCAACACCUUGGAUUAUUGGAGGUGAUUUUAACCAGAUUCUAUUUGGAUCGGAGCACUGUGCUAUAGCAGACAACAUCAAUUAUGCUCAGAUGUACCAAUUUCGGGACUGUCUCCAUCAAAUGGUUGUCUUUGAUUUUCGGUACACUGGUCCCCUACUAACAUGUACCAACAAACAAGAUGACUCCCUAGUGGCAAAGAAGUUGGAUAGGCAGCUCAUUAACAGUCCCAUUAUAACGGCCUUCCCCCAUGUACGAGCACUGGAAGAUCCCUCCCCUCAGUCUUUUCUUGAAGAAAAACUCCUACAUGACAAAUGGAACUUCUUGCGUCUGUUGGAGGAAAGCUACUUUAGACAAAAAUCAAGAAUCAAUUGGCUGCAAGAAGGGGAUCUCAACACUACUUACUUUCACAGAGUCUGUCAGGCUAUAGCAUGCUUCAACGCCAUCAGAUCUUUCCUUCUAGCCUCAGGUGAUGUCAUCACUGAUCCUAUUGAAAUGAGUGUCCCCGCGGUGGGACAUUUUAAAUCAGUUCUUGGCCCUGACUUCCUCCCCCGUCCCAGUUUGGUCUCUCCCCCGGAAUGGUUCAGAGCAAUAUAUAGGUUAACUUCGGGCUUCUACAAAGCUGUUUGGUCCAUCAUUGGGGAAGAGGUUAUCAACUCGAUCAACCAUUUCUUCUACUCGGCUUUUCUCCCUGCAACCACUAAUUCAACUAUACUAUCGCUAGUGCCAAAGUUUCCUGGAGCGUCUCAGAUUGUAGAUUACAGGCCUAUCGCAUCGAGUGAGUUGGUGAAUGGGUAUCAUAAAGAUAAGGGGAAGAAGAAGGUUACCCUAAAAGUGGACAUUGCAAAAGCCUUCGAUACGCUCUCAUGGGACUUCCUUCUCGCUUGCUUGGAUGGCUUAGAUCUCCCUCCCCUCUUUGUUGGCUGGCUAAGGGCUUGUCUUUGUACAACAAACUACACUUUAGGAUACAAUGGGACUAUCAAUGGGUAUUUCAAGGGAAGAAGAGGUCUAAGGCAGGGGGACCCAUUAUUUCCUUACCUCUUUGUAAUUGCUAUGAACUGUCUCUCCUUAAUGCUCAACAAAAUGGCAACGGAUGGGUAUAUGGAGUAUCAUCAUAACAAUAGAAAGAUCAAACUUACCCAUCUCUCUUUCGCUGAUGAUCUCCUCAUUUUCAUUGAAGGCUCCAUUGAAUCUGUCCAAGCGGUACUACAAACCCUCCAUGAAUUCGAGCUCAGAUCCAACCUAGCAGUUAGCUAUCAAAAAACAAGUUUCUUUGCAACAUGCCUAUCAGAAGCAGAAAUAUCAGCUAUUCAAGUCUCAACUGGAAUGAAAUGUGGUACUCUACCUAUGAAGUAUCUUGGUGUGCCGCUUUGUACUACGAAGCUUACUCUCGCCAAUUGCGAGCCCCUGCUCCAGCAAGUAAAAGCGCGCUUCUCCUCUUGGCCGGCCAAAGCCUUGUCCUUUGCUGGGAGAUUGCUCUUGAUCAAAACUGGAGAAACUGAGGGGCAUCACUCCGCAAGAGUAGCUUGGGACAGAGUCACGUUAACUAAGGAGCAUGGUGGGUUGGGAGUUAAAUACUUACUUGGUUGGAACCGAGCUUGCUCCCUGAAAACAGAAGAGCUUUUGGAAGUUCAGAUUCAUCUCACAACUGUCACCCUAUCACAAGAAGAAAAUUCAUAUGAGUGGGUAAUUAAUGGAAAAUCAAGGGACAAGUUCUCCACUGGAUCGGUCUACGCUUACCUCAAGGGUGAUGUAGCUAUUGUGGCCUGGUCUUCACUGGUUUGGAGCUCCUAUGGGAUUCCACGCCAAAAUUUCCUCACUUGGUUAGUCAUUCAAAAUCAAUGCCCAACAAAGGACAGACUUCUCAGUUGGGGACUUCAAGUCGAUCCUCUCUGCCCAUUGUGCAAUGUGGGUCAGGAAUCUCGUAACCAUCUCUUCUUUGACUGCUCGUUCACUUUCCAAAUCUGCUCCGUGAUGGCUGCUCGUUGUGGCUUCCAAGCGAGACCUAACUGGGAUGAAACGGUAAUUAGUCUACAAAAUUUCAGAGGGAACAAGAACUUACGUAGACUGUUUCUCCUGGCAUGGCAGUCGUCGAUCUAUUCUAUUUGGAAAGAGAGGAACAUGCGAAUCCAUCAACAGGUGUUCCGAUCAACUGAUGCUAUCAUCACUCUCUUGGACAGGCUGAUUAGAAACCAAAUUCAGAGCUUUAGGGAAUCAAGGCCACGCCAAGCUUCUCUUUUGAUGCAACUAUGGUUCUCAACAGAAUGA